AAGAAGUAAACACAAAAUUGAUACCAAGCUUGCAAUUAUAAAGUUUGGAACAGGUGAGGAGGUAGCUCUACAUUUCCUCUGUCCUCUCUUUUGGAAAUGGAGAUAACUUUUCCUGCUCUUCUUGUGAGCGUCCUCUGCUUUUUUGUUCUAUGGAAGUUGACUGGGCUAUUCAUCAAAAGUUCCGAGAGGACUGAUAGUCCCAGAAAACUCCCAGGGCCAUGGAAGCUACCUCUGAUUGGAAGUAUGCACCAUCUAGCUGGUUCUUUGCCACACCAUGCUCUAAGAGACUUGGCUGAAAAAUUUGGACCCAUCAUGCAUCUGCAGAUGGGAGAAAUAUCUACAGUGGUCAUAUCAGCACCACAGGAAGCAAAAGAAGUGCUGAAAGUUCAUGACAUUAUCUUUGCAGACCGACCAGAAUUUCUAGCUUCUAAGAUACUUGGUUACGAUAACUUGGAUAUCGCCUUUUCUCCUUACGGUGAUUACUGGAAACAGAUGCGAAAAAUCUGUCUCCUAGAACUCCUCAGUCCCAAGAGCGUGCGGUCUUUUGGCACUCUCCGGGAGGAUGAGGCCUCGAAGGUGAUUAGAUCCAUCAAGUCUUCAAACUCACCAGUCAAUAUUACUGACAAAGCCUUCACUUUUACGAAUGACAUAGUCUGCAGAGCAGCUUUUGGAAAGAGCUUCGCGCACCAAGAUCGUCUGAUAACGCUGAUAAAUGGGGCAAUUUCAGCAAGCGGAGGUUUUGAUAUAGCUGAUUUGUUUCCUUCGCUAAAAUUCCUUCAUUCCCUGAGUGGUUUGAAGCCAAAACUGAUAAAGCUGCAUAACGAGAUUGACCAGAUGCUUGAAACCAUAAUCAGUGAGCGCAAACAGAAGCGAGCAAAUCAAUCAACCCCCGUUGGUUCUCAAUUAGAAGUGGAAGAUUUAGUUGAUGUCCUAUUAAGACUCAAGGAAAGUGGUGACUUCAAUAUUCCUAUUUCAACAGACAGCGUCAAGGCUGUUAUUUGGGACAUUUUUGCGGCUGGGACUGAAACUUCUGCAGCCACAAUAGACUACGCAAUGGCAGAGCUGAUUAGAAACCCAGGUGCGAUGGAAAAGGUGCAAGCUGAGCUGAGACAGGUCCUCAAGGGGAAGGAAACAGUACAAGAGACAGAAUUGAAGGAAUUGAAUUACCUAAAAGCAGUGAUCAAAGAGACUCUGAGGCUGCACCCUCCUCUUCCACUGAUACUUCCAAGAGAAGGCAGGGAGCCAUGUAAGAUUGGUGGUUACGAUAUUCCCGUCAAAACUAAAGUCAUGAUAAAUGCCUGGGCAAUUCAUCGGCAUCCUGAAGUUUGGCCUAACCCCGAAAAGUUUAAACCAGAGAGAUUUCUUGACAGUGGCAGUGACUCAAUAGGGAUGAAUUUCGAGUAUAUCCCAUUUGGCGGCGGACGAAGGAUUUGCCCAGGAGUAUCAUUUGGUUCGGCAGGUGUUGAGCUUCUUCUUGCUAAGCUGCUCUACCAUUUUGACUGGUCACUUCCCAAUGGAACUGUAAGUCCUGACACGCCAGACAUGACCGAGGUCUUUGGUGCAACUGCAAGAAGAAAGAGCAGCUUGAUUUUAGUUGCAACUUAUCAUGAUCCAUUUGCAUAGUUCGAAUUCUGGUGUGCACUACUGGACACCAAAGAAGAAGAGACACUGUUUUGCUGGCCGGGUUGGAUUCUGCAUUAGCAAAAUAAACUCCACACGGAAUCCUGUAACCGCGGAAUAUUCUAUGGAAGUUGCUCCAUAUUUUGUUUAUGUAAUAAACGUUUAACGUUCGUGAAUUUACAUAUUGCCUUUCGAUGACGAAUCCAGAUAGUUUUAAAUGGUCUUUAAUCAGCGUA